GCUCCUUAACCGCCUCAAUAUCGCUAUGUAUGGAAUGGGCUAUAUCUUGUGUACAAAAUAGAUCUUGCGCUCACUCUGGAACAUGAAGCACACACAGGACACGGAGAUGGCUAUCUGGCCUACCGAGCAGUCAGAUGAAAUCGGGACCACAGAGCAAAAGCGGUCAGAGAGCACACCGGAGGAAGGUGUGAGAGUUGAGGACCAAAGCAAGAAGAGAAGCAAUCUCCAAAUGUUUGCAAUCCUCACUGCUCUUUUUCUUUCCCUCUUCGUAGCCGCUCUUGAUGCUACUAUUGUCGCAACUGCUGCACCCACCAUUGCCCGCGACUUGAAUUCGGCAGCUGGCUACACCUGGAUUGGUGGUGCUUUCUUGCUCGCGAAUGCUGCUUCCGGUCCUAUUUGGGCCAAGAUGUCCGACAUCUGGGGCCGUAAACUCAUCAUGGUGUCGGCUCUCGCCAUAUUUUUCGCUAGCUCAGCGGUAUGCGCGACGGCGAAGACAAUGCAAUCUCUGAUCAUCGGACGCGCAUUCCAAGGUGCCGCGGGCGGCGGAAUAAUCUUGCUAGUUCACGUUUGCGUUAGCGAUUUGUUCAGCUUGAGACAGCGAAGCCUGCUGUUGGGACUUACGGAAGGCAUCUGGGCGCUGGCUGGAGGAAUUGGACCGGUGUUAGGUGGUGUAUUUGCGAGCUUAGUGUCGUGGCGAUGGUGCUUCUACAUCAAUCUCCCCAUUAGUGGAUUUGCUGCUCUUCUAAUUUUGUUAUCCUUGGAUAUCAAGCAUGAUAACUGUUCGUUCCUCGACGGCAUCAAAGCUGUGGACUGGAUUGGCAUCUUUACCUUCCUUGGGUUCACACUGAUGAUCCUCCUUGGAUUGGACUUCGGCGGAAUACUUUUCCCAUGGGACUCUGCGAAAGUCAUCGCCCUUCUUGUCGUAGGUGGCGUCAUGAUCUUUGCUUUCAUCUAUAGCGAGGCACGUCUUGCCAAAUACCCGCUCAUACCCAUGAGCCUCUUCAAACGCAAGACGAACGUAGCGGCAUUCUCAGUCGUCUUCUUUCAUGGUUUUGUAUUUAUCGCUGGAGAAUACUACAUGCCACUGUACUUCCAGUCCGUCCUCGAGGCUUCACCUCUGCGUUCGGGUCUACUCCUACUUCCAUUCAUCGUAACUGGUGCUAUCGGCGGCGUCCUCGCGGGUAUUUUCAUUCACCGCACUGGUCGUUUCCGCGAGAUCAUGUGGUUUGGUACUGUCUUUUUAUGCAUUGGAUUCGGCCUUUUCGUCUCUUUUGACGCAUACACAUCAACCGCCAAAGCUGUUGGCUUCUUGGCUAUCGGCGGUCUCGGCUCCGGCAUUUUGUUCGAAGCACCGCUUAUCGCUAUUCAGAGCCAAGUCGAGCAGCAAGAUGUUGCGUCCGCAACGUCUACGUUGUCGUUCACACGUAACAUCGCCCUGUCUAUCUCGACCAUCAUUGGCGGGACCAUUUUUCAAAACACUAUGCAGAAUCAGGCAUCAUCCCUUCGUGCUGCGGGCCUGCCCGAGGAUCUAUUGAACCAGCUAGAUGGCGAUAGCGCGAUGGCAAAUGUUAUGAUACCGGGUACGCUCCAAAACCCCACAUGGGAACUAGCUGCAAAGCAAGCUUUUGCUGCGGCAACAAGAAACAUGUGGAUCACAUACACAGUCUUUGCAUUCUUGGCUGUUGUGGCUAGUUUGUUCGUCGAUGAUGCGCACCUGGGGACGGAGCAUACAGAAACCGUGACAGGACUGAAAAAGGACCAACCACAGCCAGAAAACGAUAGCCCGUGAAGACGACCAUCGCGCGCAAAGUUGGUGGUGCAGAGGUUUGUUGUCAUGGCUGCAACGAAGGUCAAAUGCGGGCGAAGGUCAAGGUCUUGGAGAUGGGAAUUUGAUGUGAGGAAUCUAUCACACAUUGGAUAAGAUGACGAUGUUUGUCAGAUAUACAACAGGGCGUAGGAUUGUAGAGUAGAGUUAUCCGUAUUCAGAGCUGGUUUGCGAAUGUGGUCUGGCUUACUCUCGAUAUGUUUGCACUUGCGAGAAUUUCGGUAAUAUCACUAUGGCUCUAUGAAUCACGAGAUCGUGAUCCCCCGUAGGGAGAACGUUAUUGGCGGUUCCUGAUCCACAACAUAUUCACUGACCUUUGUCGUAAGACCAAACCCGUAGAGGUAGAUAUUUGUAUGUGUCUUGUAAGAAUUUUGUCUCCCAUUACUU